AUGCGCUUUUCAUUCAUUGCUACGGCCGCGGCCGCCGUGGCCGUUCAGGCCGCUCCCGGAGUCAUCGAGGCACGCGAUGACGCCGCCGCCGCCACCCCUGCCAUUCCUGCCCCCUGCGUACCCACACCUGGCCUUGACACUGUCGCUCUUUACGACAAGGUGUUUGCCUUUCAGAAGGCGUAUUUGUUUGAUAAGAAUUACAACGAGACGUUCAAGUACUAUUCUGCCGACUUUCAGAACAUAUGGCGCCGCGGAACCCAAAGUAGGGAUCAGUACUGGGCGACGGACAAUGUCCAAAGAUGGAACGGUGUGGUGGUCUUUCCCACGGAUGCGUCUUUCAAGGACGGCAAGUUUCACGUCGCGUACGACAUGGGCGAAAACAGGACCGGUCAUGCCGGUGACGACUUUGUCUGGAAGGAUGGCUGCGUUGUUUCGCAGCAGCAGACGUCCAGCUGA